AUGGGUACUAUUGAUAUUGCAGCCAGAGAUCGUUUAUUACGAGAGAGACCUGUUCCAAAUUUAAACAGAUGUCUUGAAGUUCUUAGGGCUAGUGAAUUGUCUAAAACACAUAAAGAACAAAUGCGUUCAACACAAGAAAAUGCUAAUCAUGAGGUUCAAGGUACACAGGGCAUACAGAAACCUAAGAAAAACAAGCUCAAUUUCAAACAGAAGAAGUUUACAGAGAAUAAGUCAGCUACUUCUCACCAGGAGCAACAUGAUGUUGACUAUUAUAGUGACUAUUUUGAAUUAGAUCAUUUACAAGAUACGUCGUCUAAUGCUGUAAUAGAAGCUACUAAAAUUCAUUUCGCAAGACAUGGUAUUGCUGAUAUAGUUACACCAUAUACCAGUCAAGAAUUUGAUCAAUUUUCAAUUUUCGUGAAUUUAUACAUACAACUAGUUCGCCUUUACAUAGUCAAAGUAAUGAGACUGAUAACAAUAUUUUUUAGAAGAUAUAGAAAGUUUAUAAGACGUAGUUUAGAAGUGCCACAUUAUACAGCUCCAGAGUCAAAUCUUCCAAAUUCAUCAUUAGUUGAAACUCAAGCUAACAAUAACAUACCUACUGCUUCGUGCAACAUUAACAGUAAAGAUCAACAACCAAAAGACUGUAACAAAUCAUCUAUAGAUACUAAUUCUAAUAUCUCACCAAUAAUAACUACUAGGAGUGGAAGAAAGAUUGUUAAACCUAACAGAUAUGGAUUUGAGAAUUAA